UCUCUGGUGAUAUGCCCGCAUACAUUGCUUUUCGGCAUCCUGUUCCAUGCGCGCGCAUUCCGGAAUUCGAGGUUGACCUCGAAGGCUCAGCUACGGAAACUCUUUAUCAGCAAAGGCUGUGAGCAGCUCUUGGUGCCCUUAGACCCGAACAAGUCUGAUUGGUAUAUAUUCUGUAAGACGGAGCUGGUCAAUGGCGUUCCCACCAUUCAGCGGACCGUGCAGAUGUCCAAGUCGGCCAUGUCCACCUUGCUGGUCACCUUCGGGGAGAUCCGUGGGUGGAAAGGGGCAUUCCAUGCCCAUCAGUUCCGUUAUGGAAGUGGUAAAGUGAUCAACGAGAGUGGGUGGGUGAGCAAGGAACAACACAUGUUGAUCAUGAAGCACGCCAGCCCCCGGACCUUUCUCGACCACUAUCAUCCGCUGCAACUCGACACCGAUAUGAUCCGGAUUAUCUGUGGCCUCGACCCGGAUGUGGAACUGAUGCGAGCCGUCACGCGGCAAAGUCGUUGGCGGGACACGCGACGCCCACGAUAUUUAACUGAUCAACAGAGGGCACAACUUGAGGAUCAUCCCGAGUUGGGAGAGGCCCGGCGCAAUCUAAGCAAGAUCCGUGCCCAAUACGAGGAGACCCAGCAGCCAGCCAUGCUCCCUCGGAUCCAGCAACGGGAGAAAGAGGUGAGAAACACGCGAAAACGGUUACACAGGAGCUUGCGGCAUCAGAUCCGAGAGAAUUUUGAUGAAGAGCAAGCGUUUCUGGAUAUCGAGGCGCAACUGUCUGGUACCGUGGUCAAGGAUGAGAGCGAGGAUGAAUCAUCUUUGGAGGACACCAUGCACCCCCUUCAGUUGCAUCUGGUGCAGAGUCUUCUUUCCUACCCAAUCUCCAACUCGUUGGAGGAUGAGUGGAAUCGGCGCGAUACGGGUGCUGCAGCGGUCGUGCAGUAUUGUGAGGUCCUUGAAGGAGGCCCGUUAAGGGGCCGGCCCAAGCGGAAGGCCUCUGAAUCCGCUACGUCGGUUGGCCCCAUAAACCAACCGCAGGAUGCCGGGCAGACCCAAAAUGUUGCCGACUCAUGUGAGGUACCUGUUUCUGUGGCUGGCAAGCCGUCGCGUGCUACCAAGGAAUACCUCGAGAAGUCUGAGAAGCCAGAGGCGUGCUUCCAAUGCUUUGCAAAUAAAGGGCUCCCUGACCAUGUUCGCUUCCAGAUGUAUCAUGACGCUGGGUGUGUUACACGCCAUUUUGACGCUAUCCACCUAAAAGAAGAGCCACUCAAGUGCAACUGGUGUGAAGUAGCCUUGCUACAUCAAAUGGCGUUCCAGCGCCAUGCUUUUGAUGUGCAUCAUGUACGCAGUCGCAAACGUUGCCCGAAUCCGAUACAGGAACUUCAGAGACAAGAACACGCAGGCGGGGAUGUGCUGAACGGUAGUUAA